UACUACUAUCAUCAUGAUCUUGAUUAUAUUUAUUACAGUAUUAUUUCCUGUUUUCUCUAAUUCAAUAAAUAAUACAAUAAAUCAUGAUGUUUCUAUGGAAUUACAUUCUAUUAUACGACCUGAUAUUGAAAUCUCUGUAAUUAUUAUGGCAUGUUUAGUAUGUUGUAUUGUAACAAUUGGUAUAAUAGGUAAUGUAUUAGUUAUAUGCGUAUUAACAUGUAAUCAAACACGUAUGGUUUAUGAAACAUUUUGUGUUGGUUUAGCUGUAACAGAUUUAAUUUAUUUAACAAUGACAAGUCCUAUAACUGUAAUGCAAUAUUUUUUAAAAAGUUGGAUAUUUGGUAUAUUUUGGUGCAAAGUAUUCAAUUUUAUUGUACAAGUGACGGUGUUUUCGUCAGCUUUCAUGUUACUUGGCUUAACAACAAGUCGAUUUUUAGCUGUUGUAUUACCGUGGCAAAAUUUAAAAAUGACAGAGGUUCAAGCUAAAUUAGUGUGUUUAGGAGCAUGGCUAGUUGGAAUCAUAUUUGCCUUACCAAUAAUCAUAUUUCAAGUAUUAAUACCAGCACCAAGGGAUGACAUAUUGCCGGAUAAUAUCACAUUACUUAGCACUACUUCUACAGAUAUAUCAAAUAAUACUUAUUAUCUAACAGAGAUACCACAAAUAUAUACUUCAACAAGUAAACAAACUCAUGAUUUAAUUACAACAUAUCUUAAUAUCAACAAUAAUAAUAAUUACAAUCAAGAAGUAUUUUGUCGAGAACAAUUUCCAACUCAAUCAAGUCGUAUGGGUUAUCAACUUUUUGUUCUACUCUCAACUUAUGUACUUCCAUUUGCAUGUAUUCUAAUUUUAAAUUCUUGUAUUGUGCUAAAAUUAAAACAAAAAAAUGUGGCAGAACGAGAAACAGGUCAAUUAAAACGUACUUCUUUGCAUGACAAUUCCAUUUAUACAAGAAACAACAAUAAUAGUGUUACCAAUAAUAACAGUAACACUAAUGAAUCAUUUAAUUCAAGUCAAAAAUCAACAAAGAAACGAAGAUUAUUUAGUAUACAACAACAAUGUGGAUCACAUAGGUCUGAUGAUACACAUGAAAAUAUAUCCCACAAUUAUGACAAUCAUCCUCAUCAUCAUCGCCAACAACAACGCUUAGAACAACAAUUAUCUGAUGAUACUACGACAUCAGAUUAUAAUACUAGCACAACUAGUAAUAUUGGAACUGGGCAUCGUUCUAGUACAAAAAAUUGUAUACAAAAGUGUGAUUUCCAUGAAAAUAUACAACAAAAUCCAAAUGAAUUGAUACGUGCUACACGAGAAUUAAAGAAAAAACGUUUACGUUCUAAAGCGACUAAACUGGUUGUAUUAGUCACUACAUUAUGGGGUGUAUGUUGGCUACCAACACAUAUAAUUAAUUCAUGGUUCUUUUUUGAUGAAGCUAGUUUUCCAUUUGUACCAGCGAUGAAAAUAGCAAAACUAUUAUCACAAACAUUAUCAUUUGCUGCAUCAUGUGUAAAUCCUGUUGUGUAUAGUAUAUUGACUGGAUCAUUUAAAACAGCUUUGUCAAAUCGUUUACUACGUUUUAGAAAGCGUAAUAAACGAAAUGAUCAUACAAAAACUGAAAUAUUAUACAUUACUGAAUGA